AUGAAGCACCACGCGCACGGCUCGCCGUGGGUCGCCAUCUCCGCUAAGCGCCUGGGGGGGGCUCUGGCGCCCCGCGGACGCCGCCAAGGCCGCCAGCCCCGGCGCCCGCCCGCUGUCGCUGUCGCGCGCGCGCUGGCGCUAGCGGUGGGCGGGCGAGCGGUGGGCGUGCGGGGCGAUGGCGGCGGUGCAGAUGGGCGUCGCGCUGCUGCUGCUGGCCGUCACUGCCACCUCGCUGCUCCUCCUCGGCUGCAUCCGCCUCCCCAACCGCCAGGUCCCACUCGCUUUCCCCUCGCCUCUCCCUCCCGCAUCCCCCCCGUCGCCCCUCCCAGUGAUCAUUCCCCAAGUUGGUCAUCUCUCCUCUCCUCGUUAGCCUCCUGCCUCCUUGAAGGUCCCCCCUUCCCGUCAUCGCCCUGCCCCCUCUACACUGCCCUUACCUCACAGCCCCUGCCUUCUCUCCACCACAAUUCCCGCAAUUCCCCUCAAUGCCUCGCUUCCCAACUUUCCGCCUUUUCAAGCUGCACCCGCCGCUCCCUCCCCAAUGGCACCCCACGGCAGGCGGGGUGGAGCAUAGAGCUGCCGCAUGAGCCGCACGACCCCGCUGCCAACUGCUCAUCCGCCAACCCCACCGUCGUCGUCAAGGCAAGCCCCCCCGCCCCAUCUGCCUCCUGCCCUCCCCACUCGCAUUCUUCCCACAAUUUCCACCCUCUUGUUGUCUUGCUUCCCCUGUGUACCACCUUACCCCCCGCCACUCCCACCCCCUUCCUCCCAAAUGAGUCUGUGGUACUCGGACUCUAUUCUACCUGCCACUCGUCUUUCUCCCUUUGCCCUGUGAACGAGUUCUUGCCCUCUUGCUCCCCCCAUUAUUCCCCAAGACCAAUCCCCUCUUGCCCCACCUUUCCACGUCUGUCCUUUCUUCUCCAGACUUUUCUCCCCACUUUUCCCGUUCAGACGAGCCACGCCCUUCGCGUUGCCUCACGCAUGCCAUUCGUGCUGCCUAACGUGCGCCUCGUUUGCAGCCCUGCUCGCGCAGCGUGCGGUGCCUAG